CUUGUUCAAGCAAUGCAGGUCAAAGAAAGACUCCCAAAAUCCCCCACUUUCUCACUUUCCUCUCUUUUCAUUCAAAAUCCAUCUCAUAUUUCUUCACCAAAUCCGAAACCGGCACCUCUUUUGGUUCACCACAAUAUCGAGUUUCACAUCAAGCAUCAAUGUAGAUCAAGUAAAAUCAACCUCAACGAUGCUUUAAGUUACUUUGAAAAGCUAAUAAAGUUCAAACCUUCGCCUUCUAUUGACACUUUUAAUCAUGUAUUGGGUUCUGUUUUAAAGCUUAGCCGUGACUCUAGUGUGAUAUCGUUGUAUAUGAAGUUGAAUCACGAGGGAAUUAAGCCAAAUUUACACACUCUGACCAUUUUGUUGAGUUUUUAUUGUCAUUUGAGGCGAACAGACUUUGGGUUUUGUGUUUUGGGUGAUAUAUUGAAGAGGGGAUUUGAGCCUGAUCACGCUACUGUUGUUAGAUUGUUGAGGGGUUUGUGUGCCGAAGGGAAGGCUUUGGAAGCAGUUCAAGUGUUCGAUAAAAUGCGUGAGAGAGGAGGUUUUCAAGGUGAUGUUUUUAUCUACGGGAUACUUAUUAGUGGCCUCUGUAGCAUACGUGAACCAAGUUCUGCUCUCAAAUUGUUUAGGAAGAUGGCAGAGAGCAAUUGUGAUGGGGAUUUGUUUAUAUAUAGUACAAUUAUUGGUUCCCUUUGCAAAGAUAAGUUGGUUGAUGAUGGACUCUAUUUGUUCCUCGAAAUGCUUUCGAAAGGGAUUACUCCUGAUGUUGUUGUUUAUGGUUCUUUGGUUAGUGGAUUGUGUAGUUUAGGUAGGUUGAAGGAAGCUGUGAAAUGUUUUGAUGAAAUGGUUGGCCGAGGGAUUGCUGCUGAUUUGGUCAUGUAUAACUCUUUGAUUAAUGGUUUUUGCCGAGAGGGGAUGUGGAAAGAAGCUGCGAGGAUUCUCGAUAGGAUGGUCGGAGAAGGAAUAUCUCCGGACGAAAUAACUUUCACGACUUUGAUUAGUUGUUUGUGCAAAAAGGGGAUGUUAGUAAAGGCUCGUGAAAUAUUUGCACUCAUGAGGGAGAAAGAAAAGGUGCCAAGCUUGUUUACUUAUAACUCACUCAUGGAUGGAUUAUGUAGGGCGGGUAAGUUAGACGAGGCAGCUGAGCUUUUCAGGUCGAUUGUGGAUCAAGGUAUAGAUGUCGAUGUUAUUAGCUAUAAUACUAUGAUUAAUGGAUAUUGCAAGCAUAGAAAGAUUGAUGAAGCUUUCCAGCUUUUUCGGGACAUGCAGUUUCAGGGUUGCAAGCCGAAUGCUAGAACUUACAAUACACUUAUAGGAGCACUUUGCCGGGCUGGGAGGGUGAGGACGGCAAAAGAGAUGUUCAAUGAGAUGUAUGUUUAUGGUAGUCAAUCUCCAACAUUAUAUGCUUAUACUAUAUUGUUGGAUGGACUAUGCAAAAAAGGUCAUGUUGAUGAGGCGUUAGCUAUUUUCCGUUCCCUUGAAGGUACCAAGCACGAAUCGAGUAUCGAAUUAUACAGUAUACUUCUUUAUGGAAUGUGCAGAACAGGAAGAUUGGAAGAAGCAAGGAAUAUGUUCAACGAAAUGCUGAGAAAAGGGUUUGUUCCUGAUGUUGUAGCAUAUAACAUAAUGAUCGACGGUCUUUGCAAGAAAGGGAGUUUACUCGAGGCGGAUAAGUUGCUCGUGGAAAUGGAAGAAAAGGGUUGCUUACCCAAUUCCAUUUCCUUUAACAUCAUCAUCCAAGGUUUUCUUCGAGAAAAUAACAUCAGUAAAGCUAUGAAUCUUCUCAAAGAAAUGCGUCGGAGGAAUUUCGCACCAAAUGAUGCUAUCAUUUCGAUGAUACUAAACCUUGCUGUGGAGGAUUCACAAUAUCACGCAAUCCUCAAGUCACUUCCGGUUCGGAAUGCUGUCCGACCGGAAAAUUUUCUGGAGUAAAAUCUUCAAGUGUCGCUAAAUGAGAAGAUGAGCCAACC